GGGGCAGCAGGAUGGCACUGGAUGCCGCGGGGCUGGGAUAGCUAAGCUGGACGCAGGAGCUAUGGAUGGAGCCGGUUUUGCCCUUUGAAUGCCCCCUCCGUGCCAGCUGCUUUCCUGAGGCUGGGGGGGCUGCUGCAGGAGGGGCGGCCAGCGCUGGCACCAGGUGGAUGGCAUGGCGCAGAGAGAGCCCAGCUGAAGAUCCUGCAAAGCUCCCUUGUUGCAAUGCAUAACAUGACAGAAACGGUGAAUUGUUAACUUCAAAAUGUAACAUCCCCCACUCUCGUGAGAGACUCUUUUGGCCAAGGGGCCAUGGAGAAGCUGCUAUGCCUGCUGCUGAUGGGAGCUCUGGGGUACUUUGGGAGAGCACAACAUUGCCCCGGCCGCUGCAUCUGCCAGAGUAACUCUCCAACUCUAACUAUGCUGUGUGCCAAGACAGGACUUCUAUUUGUCCCACCAGCCAUUGACCGUCGGACAGUGGAGCUACGGCUGACAGACAAUUUUAUCACCAUCAUACGACGCAAAGACUUUGUCAACAUGACCAACUUGGUUCAUUUGACACUCUCACGAAAUACUAUUAGCCAAAUUGUACCCCUGGCAUUCUCUGACUUGCGUUCUUUGAGAGCCUUGCACAUGAACAGUAACCGACUUUCAAUUCUGAGACACGAGCAUUUCCGUGGCUUGGGAAAUUUGCGCCAUCUGAUUUUGGGCAACAAUCAGAUUAGUUCUAUCCAGAAUGGAGCCUUCCAUGAGUUCCUUCCCACUGUGGAAGACCUUGACUUGUCCUAUAACAACCUUAUAGAGCUGCCCUGGGACGACAUAGGGCAAAUGGUCAAUCUAAAUACAUUAACUCUGGAUCACAACCUCAUAGACCACAUUGCGGAAGGAACAUUUACUAUGUUGCAUAAGCUGGUAAGAUUGGACAUGACCUCUAAUCAGCUGCACAAACUGCCUCCAGACAACCUAUUCCUCAGGUCUCAAGUGAUGGCCAGUACAAGAGGCUCCAGUUCCUCCUUGGCCAUUAGUUUUGGUGGAAACCCUUUACACUGUAACUGUGAGCUCUUGUGGCUGAGACGACUAACAAGAGAGGAUGACCUGGAGACUUGUGCUUCUCCAGAACAGCUAACGGACAAGUAUUUUUGGUCAAUUCAAGAGGAGGAGUUUAUCUGUGACCCUCCUCUUAUCACCCGACACUAUGCCAGCAAAACAUUUGUAGUGGAAGGACAAUCUGUAAACCUCAAGUGCAAGGCAGUAGGAGACCCUGAACCUUCAGUCCAUUGGAUUGGCCCAGAUGGGAAGCUCAUCCACAAUACAUCUAGAAUGGUGGCUCAUGACAAUGGAACACUUGACAUUGUGAUAACCACAUUGAAGGACAGUGGUUCCUUCACCUGUAUAGCAUCAAAUGCAGCUGGGGAGGCUACUGCCCCAGUAGAAUUGGCAAUAGUACCACUUCCUUUGUUAGUUAAUAACACGGCUCACAUAAAAGAACCUGACCCUGGCUCCUCUGACAUCACAACCUCCACAAAAUCAGGCUUCAAUGACACCAAAAGCCUACAGGACAGGAGAAUAGUGGUGGACAAGCUGAAGUCCACCUCAGUUGUCAUCCAGUGGCCAUCAGAACGACAUAUUCCUGGGAUUCGCAUGUAUCAGAUUCAGUACAACAGCUCUUUAGAUGACUCUCUGGUGUACAGAAUGAUCCCCCCAAGCAACAGAAGUUUCCUCGUAAAUGACUUGGCUCCAGGCCGUGAGUAUGACCUAUGCGUCUUGGCUGUCUAUGAUGACGGAAUGACCUCCUUGACAGCCACACGAGUGGUGGGAUGUGUCCAGUUCACCACUAAAGAAGAGGGCGGACAGUGCAGGCCACUUCAUACCCAGUUCCUGGGGGGCACUAUGAUUAUCAUAAUUGGAGGAAUCAUUGUGGCUUCUGUUCUGGUGUUUAUUAUCAUCCUCAUGAUCCGAUACAAAGUGUACAGUGGCCAGGAGGAAGGGGGCAAAGCCAGGGUCAGCAACGUUUAUUCCCAAACCAAUGGGCAGCAAGGCAUGGCCUGUGCCAACUCCUGUGCCAAGUUGGGAGAAAAUAGCUAUGAACCUUUACCCCCAUCUUCCAAAGAUUCCCCCCGGGAGAGCAAAGAACCUGGUAAACGAGAGUGCCAACCACGUUCACCUCCUCUGGCCCUACUGACUGAAAAGGACAAGAGGAGAACUAAGACCUCCAAUGAUCUCCAGACAGUUGCUCUGUUAUCUUCUCUCUCUGCGGAAGGAGACCACACAGAGACCAGUGCACUUGGCUCCACCACCUCACUAUGUCUAGUCACUACUGACGGGCACAACCGUGUGGGCACCAAGGCACCUCCCAGGACUUAUCAACAUAGAUUCUCAUUUGAUGGGGACUACACCCUGUUCCAGAGCCACAGUUACCCUCGCAGGGCACGGACAAAGAGACACAUGUCCACCUCGGAGUUGCACAACCAAGAAGCUGCCCUGGGACAUCGGAGAGUCACGUUUAGCAGCACAGAGUGGAUGCUGGAGAGCACCGUGUGAUUAUCUUUCAGGGAACGGAUUACCUGAGGGGUUAGGUGACAUGGAAGGGCACUUCCUUUGAAACCUCAUGGUCUCAGUGUUCAUGUUCGGGGCUGAUCCAACUCGGAUAUGCGACUGAAGCAUUGCAUAACUAUGCCUAAUGUUUCAGUACACUUCCUAAGUGGUGAAAAAAAAAAGAAUGUUUUUCAUUUUUUGUCAAAUUUUUUGCCAAGUUUGAUGUUAGGUUCUCUGAUACACCCAAAACAUUUAGCAUUCAUAUUGUGUAAUCGAGAGGACCUGUAUCGAUUCCAGAAGUGUACAGAUGUAUUCUGCAUCGUUAUGUAAUGCUUUUGCAUCUGAAUGGCUGUCGGCACUGCUUUCUUGAAAGGUUUUAAAAGCUAUGUGUUUUUACAGAUCCCGCACAGCAGUGCUGCUCUCACCCGCAUAAUGAGACAAACAACCAAUCAAUUCAUGUUCUUGGUGUCCAUGGUUACCAGGUUCUUAAAGCAUAUAAGAAAUUAAUGACGAGACCCUUCUCCUCGCCCCUAUAAAAAUGGAUCCACCGUUUUGCCCUCUCUGUCUCUGGCUUGGGGAUCUAGAGGGCUGUUGUUCUGCUUGGGUUAUAGUAGAAAUGUACUGAGCCCCUGAAGCAGUGCCUUAAAACAAGUGAGAGACCAGCACCCAGGCUUUCUGAUACCCUGUGUGAACCUUGAUGUGACUUGAGGGUGGACAUGCUGGUUCAUCUAGGAAACAGGACAUAUGCACAAACGACACGAUACCCAAACCUACUGUACAAAGCAUUCCUGCACGGAGGAGACAGAAAGCAUAAGAGGAUUUUAUUGGUCAUGAUCAUGGGGGUCCUGGCACCACUUAUACAAUCUGUACAUCUAGCUGGUCUGGAUCCUUUCUGAGUCACUCGAGUCAGGAGCCUUUCUGGGACUUGAGCAGGAAGUGAGAGAUAAUCCAGAAUAUUGUCUACACACAAGUUUUUACAUUAAAAACGUGUGUCACCCUCCCUCUCCCCAGUACAUAUAGCAUGGAGGAGAGAAAGAGAUGCCAGUGGGUGCAGUGGGAAAUUAAAGUCCUUUCUGUUACUG